CUCAUGUAAAGCCCAAGGUCCUCACCCUUUCACGCCAUCAUCCCCAAACAUUUGCUGUCCUGUUUCCAUUUUUCUUCUUCAGCAAGUGUAACAUCAGAAAGUCAGUUCGCUGUUCAAUAUGGACAACAACGGUGAGGCAUCGUCGUCCCAACCAAAGAGGAACCGCAUGGUCGAUUCCGUCAGUGAGAAGGCCCAGGAAGUCAUCAAAGAGGACUAUGGCAAAGCCAAGAUUCUCGUAACCGACGCCGCCAAGAGCCAGGCUUAUCUGUACCCGAUCAAGGGAAUCGUUUACUUUGCCACCCACCGCUCGCUAUGGAAACCACUUCUCACCAAGCUGGGCCCAUAUGUAGCCCUGUCGGCUGGAGUCGUGGGCAGCAUGUUCACCCUCACCUAUUUGCCCCAGCUAGCUGUGCUCGUUUUCGUCAAUGGUCCGCUGGCCGUCUUCACGACAGUGCUCCUGGUCUUGAACGAGAGCUCUGCGAUCAUCAACGUCAUCUCUCGGAAUUGGCUCCUUCAGGAUGCUCUACUGGAUACUUUUGACGGUACUCUCAUUGCCCGCCAUGGUGCUGACAUCGUGAGUGAGGGCAGAGAGAUCAGGCCUGGCAAUGAUCCCAUGGCAAAGCUCGGUCGAAUCUUAAAGAGCCCUUUUGGGAAGUUCAGCCCUAAGGCCAUUGUCCGGUACAUCAUGUACCUCCCACUCAACGCAAUCCCUGUUGUGGGCACAUUCAUCUUCAUCAUCCUCCAGGGCCGGAACCGAGGCAAGGGGGUCCACGGUCGGUACUUUCAACUGAAGACUUGGUCGGCUUCCAAGCAGUCGGAUUGGCUCAAUAAGAACGUCGGUCCUUACACGGCAUUCGGCCUCGUAGCCACCGUCCUCGAGAUGAUACCGUUGGCUUCGAUAUUUUUCACGUUUACCAACACAGUUGGUGCUGCUCUGUGGGCUGCUGACAUUGAGGCUAAGAACACUUCGAUGACUGAUGGAACUGCCCCUAGCCUCAAGGAGACCGCUAAGCAAGCCGAAUAAGCGAGAGGAACUUUGUUCGUCUAUCUCUAGUGGAGCUCUGAUAUGGAAAGGUUCCUAUGAGUGUAGUGGAUGAUGUCUUUUGCCGAUGCCCGCUUGACACAGAAUGAAGAAUUUCGGUGGGAGGUAGCCAACAUCGUACAACGGGAAGGUUUUUAUCUGGGACGGUACCGAGGAUAUAAAUGACGGGAUGGUUUGUUUGCCUACCCACAAUCGAGGCAAUUUGAGCCGAAAUGGGAGAACUUUUAACCCAACCCCCAGGCGUUGCGUCCACACGAGACUUAACGGACCGGUUUUGGGGUUUGUGAGAGCUAUGCCCCGGGUCGAGAUACUUAAUUUCACAACAUUAAUCUGGGCAAUGUUACAUCCUUAUAGCUUUGCGAGGCUCCUUGAAUCUUGUGUCGUCGCGAAUUGUCUUGUGCUACCGUGGUCACUCGUCCUUGAC